ACUUCCAUUUCCAUUGUAAAAUGUUGACAAUUGUUAAGAGUUAACUGUGCCCUGUGGGGUAUUUUGAUUUGUAUAUCUAAUAACCAUAAUAUACUGUAUUAUUUCUAUUUCAUUAAUGUUGUAUGGUAAUUGGUGCCCCGUGUGCAAUGCCCAUAACAAUUCAUAAUAAUUAUUAUUUAUAAAAUCAUAAAAUUUAAUUUUUUUAUUAUAACUAUGUAUACUCUUUAAUUUUUUACUAUCUAUCUCAAAUAGCCUGUGAAUUUGUUCAAUGUCUAGUUAUUGUUUAUACUUGGUACGCUAUAAAUAUUAGGUACUACGCAUGGGAAAUAGGAAUACAAUGAGAAUUAGCAACUUCCUGCCACUGACCUACUGUAUUUAAUUUACGGGGUUCACUGUGAUAAUCCAUUAUACUAAACCCAAGAACCAAAACGACAUGAAAUAUAUCUUAUAUUUUCUACGUUUAAGUUAAUAACUACUAGUUAACGUUACCGUGUCUAUAUUUAACACUUUUAAUUGUAACCUUAACAAUUUAUCGCGUUUGUUAUACAAUUCAUUUUGCUGCAUAUUAGGUAGAAGUCAAUUCAACUAAUUAAUAAAUCAACAUAUGUUUUUAAUCUUAUUACAAGAUGGAUUUUGUUAAAAAUGGACUUUUAUUUUCAAAAAAUACUAUCAAUACUAUGUUUGGGAAUACUGAACCUUGGCAAAUAGCCUCAAUAACAGCUUCUAGUAUUCUAACAUCUAUUUGGCUUUGGAAUUUUUUAGUUCAAGAUGAAAGUUUUUAUGUGAGGACAAAGAAAUUUGCUUUCACUCAAAUAAAAAAAAUUCCUAAAAUUGCCCAAAAAAUAGAAGAAGAAACAAAACAAAUAUCAGACACAUUUGAAAAUGAUGUAAUAGAAAACACAAAGAGUGAAAAAUAUAUUGUAAAAUUACCUGUGAAAGGAAUACCUAGUGAUGAAAUUAUAAAUACUGUCAAUAGAUACUUAGAUUUGGGUAAAUAUAAAUGGAAAGAAGGUUAUAUUUCGGGUGCUGUAUAUUAUUAUGAUGAAAAAUUAAUUGAAUUGCUCACAACGGUUUAUGGUCUUGCUUCUUACACUAAUCCAUUACAUUCAGAUAUAUUUCCUGGAAUUUGUAAAAUGGAAGCUGAAGUUGUGCGUGUAGUAGGUGAUCUUUUUCAUGGAGGGUCAAACGUUUGCGGAACGAUGACUAGCGGCGGCACAGAAUCUAUCAUUAUGGCGUGUAAGGCAUAUAGAGAUUAUGGAAAAAAUGAACGAGGAAUUAAAAAUGGUGUAAUAUUAGCUCCAAAAUCUGUCCAUCCCGCUUUUGACAAAGCUGCUUCAUAUUUUGCGAUUAGAAUUAACCAUAUUGAUUUAGAUCCAGAGAAUCUAACUGUUAAUUUGAAAAAAAUGGAAAAUGCAAUUACAAAGAAUACAAUAUUGUUAGUUGGGUCAUUUCCUAAUUUUCCAUAUGGAACAUCUGAUGAUAUUGAAGGAAUAUCAAAUCUAGGUCUGAAAUAUAAUAUUCCAGUUCAUGUUGAUUGUUGUUUAGGUGGUUUCAUCGCUGCAUUUAUGCCACUAGCUGGUUAUUCUCUGCCUCCAUUCGAUUUUAUACUACCCGGUGUGACAAGCAUAUCAGCUGAUUCACAUAAAUAUGGAUUUGCACCAAAAGGUUCGUCUAUAAUAUUAUACUCUGAUAAAAAAUUCAGGCAUCAUCAAUAUUAUGUAUGUACUGAGUGGCCUGGUGGACACUAUGGUUCACCAACAAUAGGAGGUUCACGAUCAGGCGGAAUUAUUGCUGCAUGCUGGGCUACACUUAUGCAUUUUGGUUUGGAUGGAUAUGUUGCUUCAACUAAAGCAAUUAUUAAAACUAAAACAUAUAUUGAAGAAGAAUUACGAAAAAUGAAUGAUAUUUUUAUAUUUGGUACUCCAACUACAAGUGUCGUAGCUAUAGGUUCAAAUUCGUUUAAUAUUUAUCGGUUAUCUGAUGCAUUGAAUUCAAGAGGUUGGAAUUUGAAUAUGUUACAGUUUCCAAUGGGAAUUCAUAUUUGUGUAACACAUUUGCACACCAAACCUGGAGUGGCAUCCUUGUUUAUAGAAGACAUAAAGAAAGAAUUGGAUGAAAUAAUGAAAAAUCCAAAAGUUGAAUUGACAGGAAAGAUAGCUAUGUAUGGUAUGUCAGCUACAUUACCUGACAGGACUAUAGUUGGUGACAUAACAAGAUACUUUAUCGAUGCCAUGUAUUAUACACCAUCAUAAUUUAAGAUACAACUUAAGAAAUAUUUUAUCAGAAUAUUGGAAUAUAGUGUACACUAAUUAAUCUAUUACACUUAUUAAAUAUUAUUUUAUGAACACAAAUUAAAUUAACAUAGAAUAAUCUAAAUGUAAUUGAAAUGUAUGUAUAUUUAUAUAUGUAUAUGUAAAAAAUAUAAUGGGUAAAGAAAAGCACAU